UCCGAAAGACCCGAGUUUAUCCAAAAUAUUUGGCUGAUUACUGUGUAGGCCAGUCGAGUGUUUCCAGGUCGAGUGUGUCGAAGGUGAAGGACAUCUCAGGGAUGGUCAGCUCCAGAGCCGUUCCCCCAUCAAGGAAGAGGAAGAGAGAUGCUGAGCUGCAGGUGGACCACCAGAGGCUGGAGGACAGGCCUUCAACCUCAACACCAUCUGCAGACACGACACCAGAGGAACCUCUCUCCAUCCACGGCCACACCGUAGAGGACUUCCAGGACAUCUAUCACUCCACGGUGGAUCCCAUGCUACGGAUGUCCUCUGCUCGGCUGCGUCCCUACAGCCUGAGGCUGGGUCUGAGGAUCAAGCAGCGCCUGUGGGAGACACUCAACCGUCCCAGCUUUUGUGAGGAAGAGCAGGCUGAUGGAUCCAUCCGCAUCAGAGAGAUCUUCUCCACACCAGGAGCUGCUCCUCCUCGCAUAGAAGUGGACAUCAGUGAAGAGCCUCCACCUCACUGACCCAGGUGAAAGAAGGCCAGGUACUGAACCAGUAUGUGAUUUAUAAUUACUGCUGUAAGUAUUGUAAAUAUCGCUGUAAAUACGUAGCAUAAGUAUAACAAUUUCAGCAAAUGUGUUUUUCAUCAUUUUCUUUUUUGAUGAUUGUGCAAAAAGUAUUACUAUGGAUUUUGUUAUAUUUACAUUGAGGUGUGGUCCCAUUUUAAUGAGUCUGUGGUCCUGGUCUUGUUAUUCCAUGUUGGGUUUCAUGUCAUGGCUUUUUGAGAGUCUUGCUGUUGUGGUACUUUGAGUUUUGGUUUCUUGUCUUGAUUGUUGCAUGUUGUUUCGGGUUCAGGUUUUGUCUUUUGCAGGUUGUUUCGAGAGGUGGUCUGCAGGUUGUUUCAGGUUUUGUCCUUUGCAGGUUGUUUCGGCUGGUGGUCUGCAGAUUUUUUCAGGUUUUGUCCUUUGCAGGUUGUUUCGAGAGGUGGUCUGCAGGUUGUUUCGGCUCAGGUUUUGUCUUUUGCAGGUUGUUUCGGCUGGUGGUCUGCAGAUUGUUUCAGGUUUUGUCCUUUGCAGGUUGUUUCGGCUGGUGGUCUGCAGAUUUUUUCAGGUUUUGUCCUUUGCAGGUUGUUUCGGCUGGUGGUCUGCAGGUUGUUUCGGGUUCAGGUUUUGUCUUUUGCAGGUUGUUUCGGCUGGUGGUCUGCAGAUUGUUUCAGGUUUUGUCCUUUGCAGGUUGUUUCGGCUGGUGGUCUGCAGAUUGUUUCAGGUUCAGGUUUUGUCCUUUGCAGGUUGUUUCAGCUGGUGGUCUGCAGAUUGUUUCAGGUUCAGGUUUUGUCCUUUGCAGGUUGUUUCAGCUGGUGGUCUGCAGAUUGUUUCAGGUUUUGUCCUUUGCAGGUUGUUUCGGUUGGUGGUCUGCGGCUUUCAUAUUCAUCUGUCAUUGUUUAGAAGUCUUGUUCAUCUCUUGUGUUGUUUUGUUGGCUUGUAUGAUUGUUUUAUGCAGGUCCUGUCGUUCAUGGCUGUAGUGUUGCUGUGCUUUGUCUUCUCGGUUUCCGGUUCCUCUGCCUUCAUGUUUUUCAGAUUUUACAGUUUUGUCUUGAGAUAUUUUUCAGAUCCAGUAACCUCUGCUCUGUCUCCAGAUCCGCCUUACAAACAGUUGACAGCUGAACUCCAGUACUGCUCAUUUUAUCAGCAGCACUUUCCUCUGAAACAAACUUACAUUCACAUUUCCACAAAUGUAUAUCAACUCGCGUAUAUAACUUAACUCUCCAGACAAAUA